AUGCCCACCGAGGACGCAAUGUUUAGCAUUCGCGAUGGCUACCAUCUACGCGCCAUCAAUGAGCAGCACGCGGUGGAGGUCGACAAGGCGUGCUUUCCCGAGCUGCUUCGGCCCCCGGGGGAAGCGACGACGACCGUGGACGCCACGUCGCCGCUCGAAGCCUGGCUCGUCUUCCGGCACCGAGACCUUGCGGCGCGAAGCAACCAAGAAAUGACGCCGCGGCGUUCGUCUCCAUCGCCACCACAGCACUACGCACUGCCACUGCAGCCAUGCCGACCUGUCAAGCUCCAGCCAAAGACGCAGCUCCGGUACUUGCCCCACUUGCUGCCGUCACCGCGGCCGAGUCGGACACCGCCACUUGUACCAACCGAACCCGAGGUCGAGCCAAAGCGGUACGAGACCGAGACGAGUCGCUUCCGCAUGCGCACGACGAUCAAAGCCUCGCGCACAUCGACGCUCUCGGCUCGGAUCGCGCAGUUUAUGCUGGCGCCAGAGGCCCUCGCCGAGGUCGAGGCGGCCGCAGCCGCGCGCAAGCUCGCGCACCGCGCCAUCCACGCAUCCGCCGACGACCGCGUCGCCAUCAACAAGCAGCUAGUCGUGCAGCCUGUACCGCCCGAGGCCCGCCAUGAACGGAACGAGAUACAGCAGUCGCGACGCAAGGCGCAGGUAGAACGCUACUUUCAGCACCAAGAGACGAUGCGGCAAGCCACGGAGCGCAGCGUCGAUCGUUGGGGUGCGCGUCGGCGCCAAGAGAAGGCCAACUACCUCCGACACGCCCGCACCAAGCGCGUCUUGGUCAGUGUCCUGGUGGCUCUCGCUGCCGACAAGCUGCGCCGGCGCUUCAAGCUGGUCGAGCCGACGAUCAAGAUGGCCCAGAUGGUACACGCCUCCAAGAAGAUCCAGGCAUUUUGGCGGGCCAAGACGCAAGCCAUGUCCUUAUCGCAAGCGGCCGAGGCCGUUUUGACGAUCCAGCGCUUCAUCCUCCGCCGCAUGGGCACGUACCGCAACCAGCGCAAGCGCCGCGCUGUCCUCGUCCUUAUCACGAGCCUCCGCGAGUGCGAAGAUGCGAAGUUUCGACGCGCCAUGUUCAAGUACCGGCAAUCGGUGCGGCAGUUCCAGUCCAUGUGGCGUAGCUGGGCAGUCAUCACCGACGCCCGCGUCAAGCUCUUGUUGCUCUUUUGGACCAAGGUCGAGAAGAAACUCCAUGCUGCGGUGUCCGAGGCGCGCGAGAAGACACCGGAGCCCUUGGAUCAUCGCGGCAGCCACCGCCGAAGCAACAUGUCGGGGCGCCACAGUACCUACGGUGCCGCGACGACGAGGGGUCCCCCGUCCAGUGCCGGUACAAAAAAAGUGGUCCACGCCGUCAAGAUGCUCGAGCACCUCAAUGCGAUCUUGUCGCCGGAAGACGAAGUGCAAAAGGCUGCGCAACACGCGGCACGCAUUCCCCUUCCCCUCAAGGUGAGCUUGCUCAAAGCGCUCCUCUCGACCAAGCGGCACGAGUUUCUGAGCCGUCGCGAAAAACUACGGGCGGCGUGGGAGAAGGACCGCGACGAACGCCGGCGACGGGGCUUUGGCAUGGACGUCUCGUCCGUCCUCAUGUUUGACAGUCUUCGGUACGGGAAAGCGCAGUUUCUCAUGCUGCAGCACGUUCGGGAAGCCGACAUUGCAGACCUCAUUGCGCAAGCCGAAAGCAUCCACGCGCAGUCGCGGUCGUCGAUGCCGUCCCGCCUCGACGCCCGGCUCUUCUGA